AUGUCUCCCCUCGUUUUUUCCCCUUCCAAAUUCUCCUCCACAUCCCCAACUCUACUCUCUUCCCACACGGUCGAAAAGUCCUACGACGAGGGCGACGUACAACCACGUAGGCGGCAGAGGCCAAUCGGGUAGUUCUCUCACUAGCUCAAUCUGUGACCCACAGUGGAGUUCAGCAGACGUCUGGAACGACAUAGCAGCCCUGUGUGGGACAGUAAUGUUUACCCCCUCGCAGAACCGGGGGCUGGAAGAGAUGUCCUAAACAAACCCUGGGCUCACGACAUCUGCGCACGGACUUUAGCUCGCAGACUGAAAUACAUGCGAUCAAAACAAUCAAACAAGAGACAAAAACCUCCCUCUCCCUCCCCUCCGCUCCACCCCACAGGCCACUACGGUGAGUCAGCUCACUCUAGCGGCCUGGAAUGUUCGUCCCCUCCUAGACAAUCCAAGGAACAACUGACCGGAAGGGAGGAAGGUGUUAGUAGCUCGAGAACUGACGCGCUACAAGGUGGACACCGCUGCACUCAGCGAGAUCCGAUUCUCCAAACAAGGUCAACUAGAGGAGGUGGGUGCCGGCUACACCUUCUUCUGGAGCGGCCUCCCAAAUGCAGAGCGACAAGACGCGAGUGUUGCCUUUGCCAUCUGGAACCACAUCGUAGGACUGCACCGUCUGCUGCAGGGCAUCAACUACCGCCUGAUGAGCCUACGUAUAUUUUUUCGCAGAUCCAAAUCCGCCACUAUCAUCAAGGCCUUUACUCGACCACUGGCCGGCCCUGAUGACGCGAAAGUCAAGUUCUACGAAGAUAUACGCCUUCUCUUUGCGCCUGUGCCGAAGGUCGACAAGUUGCUUGGUCUUGGUGACUUCAAUGCCAGCAUCCAGACAGACUGUGCUGUGUGGAGGGGAGUGCUUGGUCCUCACGAAAUCGCCGUCUACGACGACAAUGGUCUCCUUAUCCUGCGAACCUGCGCAGAAUAUCGCCUCCUGGUGACCAACGUUUAUGUCCGCCUCCCGAUGCGGGAGGAGGCCAAGUGGAUGCACCCUCAGUCGCGUCGGUGGCACCUGCUGGACUAUGUCCUGGUCCGGAGGCGAGACCAGUAG